AUGGCUCUUGAUAUUUUGGAGGGGUGGCAGGAUUGUGCCAAAGUUCUGCUCACCAGUACGGAACGACGAGCAUUUCUCAAAGAGUUGAGACGACCAGGUAUCGAUAACCUAAAGCGUACACAGAUCUGCAAGAAAAUCAACGAACAAUGUCGCAAGGCAAAGAUAUGCCCCUACUGCAACGCACACAAUGGCCAAAUCCGAAAACCCGCUGCGCUCAAGCUUGUACAUGACAAAUACCAGGCAUACACCAAAUCUAAUGCCAAGAGUAAAGUAGAGCCUGCGGCCUUGACUGCUUUCAGAAGUACUUUCGACGAGAUCAAGAAGACCAAUACUGAGGUAGACAAACAUCUGAAAAAAGCGAUGGAUGAUCUCAAUCCCCUCAGAGUCUUAAAUCUAUUCAAAAUGAUUAGUCCCAGCGAUUGUGAGCUGCUUGGGAUCAACCCCGCGGAGGGACGACCCGAAAUGUUCUUAUGGCAAUAUGUGCCAGCUCCUCCAGUAUGCAUACGCCCGUCUGUUGCACAGGAGAGCGCAAGCACAGAAGAUGACCUUACCACGAAAUUGGCUGAAAUUGUCCACAUCAGUUCCCUCAUCCGAGCCGCGUUGCAAAAGGGCCAACCAUUGCAGACUAUUGUUGAGCAAUGGGACUAUCUUCAAUUGCAGAUUGCUCUGUAUAUCAACAGCGAUGUUCCCAACCUCCAGCAAGUCGGCAAUGGAAAACCUAUUCGAGGAUUCUGUCAACGUCUUAAGGGCAAACAAGGUCGAUUCCGAGGGAACUUGUCAGGAAAGCGUGUGGACUUCUCCGGACGAACAGUCAUAUCGCCAGAUCCUAAUCUCGGAAUUGACCAAGUUGCUAUUCCAAUCCUGGUCGCCAAAAAUCUCACCUAUCCCGAGCGGGUUCAGGACCAUAAUAUCAAAAAGUUACGCAAGUGCGUACUCAACGGUUCCGAUGUCCAUCCCGGUGCCCAGCAUGUCAUAAAGAAGGACAAAGACAAUGGCGAACCUGGUGAUACGAUUAGUCUGAAGUUUCCCCAGGUCCGGAAGAGGCAGUCACAACAACUAACCGUGGGCGAUGUUGUUGAGAGACAUCUCGAAGAUGGCGAUAUUGUGUUGUUCAACCGGCAACCUUCGCUACAUAAACUCAGUAUUAUGAGCCAUUACGUCAAAGUUCGACCAUGGAGGACCUUUCGCCUGAACGAGUGUGUAUGCACACCAUACAACGCCGAUUUUGAUGGAGACGAGAUGAACUUACACGUUCCUCAGACGGAAGAAGCCAGAACGGAAGCUAUCAACCUCAUGGGCGUGAAGAACAAUUUGUCAACUCCAAAGAACGGAGAACCGAUCAUUUCUGCAACCCAAGAUUUCAUCACCGCUGCGUAUCUUCUAAGCAGCAAAGAUAACUUUUUCGACCGAAAGACCUUUACCAAUUAUUGCAUGUAUAUGGUAGACGGCAACGAACACCUUGAUGUACCACCUCCGGCAAUAUUGAAGCCACAGGCUCUGUGGACUGGAAAGCAAGUGUUCAGUAUUCUCAUGCGACCAAAUAAGCAGUCUCCGGUCAAAGUCAAUCUUGAUGCGAAAUGUCGAGACUACAAGGCUAAAGCCGGGAUGUGCCCAGACAUGGAUCCCAAUGACGGCUGGCUUGUGGUUCGCAAUUCGGAGGUUAUGUGCGGUAGAAUGGACAAGACAACAGUUGGAUCUGGAAAGAAAGACUCUAUAUUCUACAUCAUCCUCCGAGAUUUCGGCCCUGAUGCAGCCGUCAUUGCCAUGAACCGACUCUCCAAGAUUUCAGCCAGAUAUCUAACGAAUGAAGGUUUUUCUAUUGGUAUCAGCGACGUGUACCCUUCGGCAAAGCUCACGGACAGGAAGAACGAACUUGUAACAAAAGCUUACGAGGAAUGCGAUGACCUAAUUCGGAAGUUCAAGGACGGAAAAUUGGAGAAAGCCACUGGUUGUAAUAUGGAAGAAACCCUGGAGAACGAGAUCUCUGGUAAACUAAGCAUAGUCAGACAGCUGGCUGGAGACUACUGUAUUGACACGCUGAGCAAGCAUAAUUCGCCGCUCAUUAUGGCAAAGUCUGGUUCCAAAGGUUCUUCCAUCAACGUCGCCCAGAUGGUAGCUGUUGUAGGACAGCAGAUUAUUGGCGGCCAGCGUGUCCCGGAUGGUUUCCAGGAUCGAAGUUUGCCUCAUUUCCCAAAGAACGCUCGGCAGCCUCUUUCAAAAGGUUUCGUACGAAACAGCUUCUUUACGGGACUAACCCCUACGGAAUUCUUGUUCCACGCUAUAUCUGGACGUGAAGGUUUGGUUGAUACCGCUGUCAAGACUGCUGAAACCGGAUACAUGUCUAGACGUCUCAUGAAGUCUCUCGAAGAUCUUUCUACACAAUACGACGAUACUGUACGCAAUUCUUCGGGCGGUAUUGUUCAAUUCCAAUUUGGUGCCGAUAAACUUGAUCCUGUCGAUAUGGAGGGUUCUGCCGUACCUGUCCAUUUCGACCGCACUUGGACACACGCGGAGAAUUUGACUUGGAAUAACGAUGAUCGAUGCCUGCUGCCCUACGAGAUUAAGAUAGAAUGCGAGAAGCUCUUGGCUAAUCAAAAGUCGAAAUACGCUAGGAAAGGCCUACUCAGACAGGAGCCAUUGGAAUACUUGGACCAAAGUGACUACGCUAUCGAUGAACUCGAAAGUGCUCGGGAUUUCGUAGCGACGAUCACUAAAUACGUUGGUGGGCUGGCUGAGAAGAUGGCUAAGGCACGGAUGCGAGCAGGGCUGAAAGACUUUGUUGAUGCGCCAAAGAAGUCAAACGAGCGUCACGACAAAUCCAAGGAGGAAACGGCUAGGAGAGAUCAGGUGGAGCGAGUCGCCAAGGUCUCUCAAGCAACUUUGAAAAUGUUCGUGUCGCUCUGCCUCGACAAGUAUGCAAAGGCGCAUGUUGAGCCAGGUCACGCAGUGGGUGCUGUUGGAGCCCAAUCUAUCGGAGAGCCUGGUACACAGAUGACUUUGAAGACUUUCCAUUUUGCUGGUGUCGCUGGUAUGAGUAUUACCCAGGGUGUACCGCGUAUCAAGGAAAUCAUCAAUGCCUCCAAGGUUAUCAGCACGCCAGUCAUCACUUGCCCCUUACUCAACCGGGUGGAAGAAACAGCAGCAAAGGUAGUCAAAGGACGUAUCGAAAAGACUUACAUCGGAGACGUCCUCCGCUUCAUCGAAGAUAUGUGGUCUGCUAAAGCCGCAACGAUGUGCCUCUCUGUCGACAUGGACCUCCUCAACAGCAUGCAUCUCGGUAUUACCGUCGGGCACAUGGCCAAUGCCAUAGUCGCAAACAAGAAGCUCAAGAUCAAAAGCAACGACAUCUCACUUGUCAAUGACUGCAUCUUCGUCCGCAUCACGCACGAGAGCGGUGGGAACAUGGGCGCUCGCGGUCCUUCAAGCAAAAAGCUCGACGAGCCAGGCUCAGAUCUCCUACUCCGCGUCAACUUUCUCAGACGUGUACUGCCUACUCUUGCCAUCUCAGGCUAUCCAGACGCUACUCGGGCCAUUAUCCAGAAAGACAAGAAUGACGAGCAUACCGUACUCGUUGAAGGUUAUGGCAUCAAAGCAUGCAUGACGACCGAAGGAGUCAUCGGCACGAAAUGCACGACCAACAGUGUCAUGGAAUGCUUCCAAGUCCUCGGCAUCGAAGCAGCACGUACGACAAUCGCUAAAGAAAUUGCCGGCGUCAUGGGAGAUAUGGGUAUCGAUCCUCGACACAUGCAACUUCUUGCCGACGUCAUGACAUAUAAGGGUGAAGUGCUUGGUAUUACUCGAUUUGGACUGUCUAAGAUGCGAGACAGUGUUCUGCAGCUGGCAUCUUUUGAGAAAACUCCUGAUCAUCUUUUUGACGCUGCGGCGGGCAUGAAGACGGAUCAGAUUGAGGGCGUGAGUGAGUGUAUUAUCAUGGGGCAGACGAUGGGUGUGGGGACUGGUGGGUUUAAGGUCGUUCAGAGCCUUGAGAAGCCAAACCAACCGCUCCUUGUUGGGAUGAAGACGACGCAGUUCGAGGAUGCUUGGAGAUGGGAGCAGACGGAGAGGAAGAAGCUACGAUAA